AACACGUGAGCCUCAUGUGACAGAGGUAGGUCAGGCGAAGCGGAGAGUCAGAGGGUUUAUUUAACUCGUCGCUCUGUCCUCCCCCACUUUCCCAACGCGCCACCAACAGGGUUGCCUUCUUUCCGCGGCACGAUCGCGGCGCAUGGGAAUCGCAUGGACUAACUUUUCACACGCAAAAUAAUCUUUACGUUAGCACGACAAGUAGUAAAUAUAAUGAGAAAUUAAUCCGUUACCGUUGUGUUGUUGUUUUUUUUUGGAAGCAUUUUAGUGCAUUUCACUAACUGCUUUUGCCAACUUGUUUCAUCACGAGUAAAUAAAUGCGUUUUUAUUUGUGACUGCAUUGGAGAAGUACCUCGGCUUUCCUGCGUAAUUGGAGAAGAAAAGAAAAAAACCAACAAUGGAGCGAAUUCCAAGCGCGCAACCGCCUCCUCUGUCCAAACACCAGGCUGAUCUGUCAGACGUGCAGGGGAUGGAUUUCCCGAUGUAUGUUUAUAAAGCCAGAAGAGGACUGAAGAGAGGAGAGGAGAGCAAGGACACCUACAAGCUGCCUCACAGACUUAUUGAGAAGAAAAGGCGUGACCGGAUAAACGAGUGCAUCGCUCAGUUGAAAGAUUUAUUACCCGAGCACCUGAAACUCACUACUCUGGGCCAUCUGGAGAAGGCUGUGGUUUUAGAGCUUACGCUCAAGCACGUGAAAGCCCUCACCUCUCUUCUGGAGCAACAGCAGCAGAAGAUCCUUGCUCUGCAGAAUGGCAUGCAAAUUGAGCAUUCUUCUGUCAACCAGGAGAAGUCAGAGGAGCUGUUCUGCUCUGGCUUCCACAUGUGUGCCAAUGAGAUGCUUCGGUAUCUGGGCAAUCAUGAGACCGAUGGAGACUUCACACCAUCCCAUGUGAUCAAUCACCUUCACAAGUUAGCUGCAGAAGUGCUGCAAAGUCCGGUCCGACCCCACACUCCUCUCAGCCCUCAACCUGAGGAAAUCCCUGCCUACCACCAGAACCAACCUCACAAGGAGAUGCCCGCCAGCUUACCCCCGAAACCCAGGGAGGGCUAUGGGAGGAACUGUGUGCCUGUCAUCCAGCGGGCGUACGCUCCACUAAGCAGUGAGCAGAGUGGCAGUGAUACGGAUACUGACAGCGGCUAUGGGGGAGAGCUGGAGAAGACCGAAUCUGGGGCGCCACAGGGGUGUCCAGAUUACUACGGUCAGGAGAGCCAUCUGAAGCGAGCGCUGGGCGAGAAGCAGAGCUCCAGCAUCAAGCAGGAGGAUGACGAGCCAUGCUACAAACGACCCCGGGGAGAGUCGUCUGAGGAUGAGCUGCUCUCAGGUGGAGAAUCAUCAACAUCAUCGUCCUCUAGCGGUUAUGGCAAUUACAUGAGCAUAUCCCCCAACCAUCCAACUCCUCCACAUCCCCUCUGCAUGCCUUUCUACCUAAUUCCACCUUCUGCUACAGCCUACCUGCCAAUGCUUGAGAAAUGCUGGUACCCUGGGGCCGUGCCCAUGAUUUACUCUGGCUUGGGAGUCUCUGCAACCACCAUGUCCAGCGAAAGACCAUCUCCACCUCAGCUAGUGUUGUCUCCCAGGGGAGGCUCACCAGCCCCAGCCAUAGCCAUAUCUCAGACCCCCAUGGACUCCCCUGCCCUCCUUCAGGCACUAAAGCAGGUACCACCCCUCAACCUGGAAACCAAAGACUGAGAGAUAAGAGAACAGGGGUGAAGAGAUUAUCCUGUUCUAGUACCCAGGAGUAGAGACAGUAGUAGGAAUGAGAACAUGACUGAGCCUUUCCAUAAUCCAUCCUCAUUCCUGUCCUCUGUUCCUCAGCCAGGAGGUCAAACCGAAAACUAGAGGACUUGUAGAAAUAAUCAAGAGGAGAUGGAGGAGAGGCAACAUCUGUACACACUCGGAGGAUGCAAAGCUCUGGUUGAAUGUUAAAUGCUGGUAUUACAAAUGUAUCAUAUAAACUGGACCUGCGCACACACACACACACACACACACACACACACACACACACACACACACACACACACACACACACACUUGGUUGAAUGUAAAGAAAGAUACUUUUUAGACGCUGCUGUUAAAGUAUAAACGCUGAUCACACUGAUGCAUCUCACUUGUAGCUUUUGCAAUAGAGACAUGCCAUCUUUGUACUUUAGAAAGUGUUGCACCAAAUGUUAGCGGUAAUAUUCAAAAAGUUUGUUCCCUUAGGUCACGAUGACUGGCACCAUAACAUACAAGGGUUUCCUUAAGUGUGUACAGACAAGGGUACACCAAAUGCACAGAUGAAGGAAUGGGCCACCACAUGAACACACUGAAUGAGAAGUCUUGUUUUUCAUUGACAAACAUACAGUUAAGAAGGCUUUUCUGUAAUUAUUGUUCAUAGACUUCUUGUACAUUUCUAUUUUUGAUACCUGUUCUCGCACUCUGCCUCUCCGGAAGGAUAGAAAGUGGGCAGAGUGUGGACAAUUGUACGUUGUGUACUCAGAAACUGUGUACAUACUGUAGCACUGUGCUGGACCUGCAUACUCAACAUCUGUUUCUGCUCAAGUCAAACCUGGUGUUUGUUCUUGCUGUUGCCUUUUACUUGUGAAAAGCUGAUAAAUCUCAGAUGUUUAUUCUCUGUACUAUGUAUGAAUACUGGAGUCAAAGGAGUGAGGAGGAGAGAAGGUAAUGAAUGUAAAAGUUUUACCCGAAGACUAGUUUUCUAUAGAAAGAGGUACUUGAGAUUUUAUAUUUUAGGACCUACAUGAAAGUUGUUUGAUGUACAUAUUUUGUCUAUAAAUGUUGGUAUACAUUAUAUAAGUGUAUUAAAGUAUUUUUCUUUCCCGUGGAAAA